CUAUUGCGACGUUGAUUAUUUUCAACCAAUCAUAAGGACAUUGGGACUUUAUAUUUUGUAUUCGGGGUUUGAUCAGGUAUGGUAGGUACUGCUCUAAGUAUACUUAUUCGAGCUGAGUUAGGACAAUCAGGUAGUUUAAUUGGAGAUGACCAGAUUUAUAAUGUUAUUGUCACUGCGCACGCGUUUGUAAUAAUUUUUUUUAUGGUUAUGCCUAUUAUAAUUGGAGGUUUCGGGAACUGGCUAGUACCUUUGAUGUUAGGAGCUCCUGAUAUAGCUUUCCCCCGAUUAAAUAAUUUAAGUUUUUGAUUUUUACCUCCCGCUUUAACUCUUUUACUUGUGGGAGGGGCAGUGGAAAGUGGUGCUGGAACUGGUUGAACUGUUUACCCCCCUCUCUCUGCGGGGAUUGCUCAUGCCGGGGCCUCCGUUGACUUAAGCAUUUUUUCUCUGCAUCUAGCAGGUGUCUCUUCUAUUUUAGGGGCAGUAAAUUUUAUUACAACUAUCAUUAAUAUACGAUCUCUAGGUAUAACUUUAGAUCGAAUCCCUUUGUUUGUAUGAGCGGUUGGAAUCACCGCACUCUUACUUUUACUAAGUUUGCCCGUUCUUGCGGGAGCAAUUACCAUACUCUUAACUGACCGUAAUUUGAAUACUUCGUUCUUUGAUCCGGCUGGGGGUGGGGACCCAAUUUUAUAUCAACAUUUAUUUUGAUUCUUUGGCCACCCUGAAGUGUAUAUUCUUAUUCUACCGGGGUUCGGAAUGAUCUCUCAUAUUAUCAGUCACGAAAGAGGGAAGAAGGAAGCCUUUGGGACUUUAGGAAUAAUUUAUGCUAUAUUAGCUAUUGGUGUCUUAGGUUUUGUUGUUUGAGCACAUCAUAUAUUUACUGUUGGUAUAGACGUAGAUACUCGGGCCUAUUUUACUGCUGCUACCAUAAUUAUUGCUGUUCCCACAGGGAUUAAGAUUUUUAGUUGACUGGGGACUCUCCAUGGGACCCAGUUGAUUUUUUCACCCUCACUUUUAUGAGCUGCUGGAUUUGUAUUUCUAUUCACUGUAGGAGGGUUGACAGGCGUCGUUCUUGCCAAUUCUAGUAUUGACAUUAUCUUGCAUGAUACAUACUAUGUUGUUGCUCAUUUUCAUUAUGUUCUUUCUAUAGGGGCAGUUUUUGCUAUCUUUGCAGGGGUUGCUCAUUGGUAUCCAUUAUUUACUGGAUUAACUUUACAUAGCUCAUGAUUAAAAAUUCACUUUUUAAUUAUGUUUAUUGGGGUAAAUUUAACUUUCUUUCCUCAACAUUUUUUGGGCCUAGCUGGCAUGCCUCGGCGAUACUCUGAUUAUCCUGAUGCUUACAUAAGCUGAAACGUAGUCUCUUCUGUGGGCUCUAUAAUUUCUUUUGUAGCUACAUUAGGGUUUAUUUUUAUUGUUUGGGAGUCUUUAGUAAGUUUACGACCUGUUCUUUUUGCUUGUCAUCUUGCUACUUCUAUUGAGUGGCAGCAUUCUUUCCCCCCCGCGGAACAUAGUUAUAAUGAAUUAGUUUAUAUUUCUCAAU